GUUACUAAAUCUAUUCUUAUUCUAAAAUUCUACAACAAUUAUAUUGGUGACAGAGAGGCAGUUACAGUAGGCGGGGCUUAUCAUAUCAGUGGGCAGCUUUUAACCAAUAGUCUUAAUACUUUACAGUUUUGGUAAUAGCUGCAUCAUAAAUAUACGUUAAGUAUAUGUAACAAGAGCACUGUAUAAAGUUAAGACCUGAUAUGAAGGUAGUUGUGUUCUUUUGAUCAUUUAAAACCAGAAGUAAUGGCGUAACCUUAUUUAUCCGGAUAACGAAUAACUGAGGUUACUGAUCUACAUCUAUUUGGGGGAAAAAAGGACAUAUUUUUCUUCUUCGUAUAGAAACGAAUGCAACAGGAACAUACUCUUAAAAUGGAGGAAACUGAAAAUGCAGAAGUCUGUCAAAUCAAUCUGUUUUCAAGAACUGCGAGACUCACUGAUGAAGAUUCACAAACUAUCGCUGUUGAAAAUGCAUCCUUGCUGUACUUUCUUUUUCUUCAAUGUCACUGCAACAUGGAUUAUAUAAAAGGGUUUCGACAUAUAUUUUCGCCCAUGAUUAACUUAUUUCAAUCGAUGAGAGGCGAAAAAGCUAUUAGUAUGGUAGGCAGUACUGCUGAAGGGUUGUAUAUACCUGGAAGCAGUGAUGUUGAUUUUAUGCAAAGCAAAAAUUCAGAGAUUUGUUGUGACGUGGAUUGUAUAGAGGAUAUAAAUCAUGAUAACUAUAGCAAGGUUUUAAUUGCACACAGACAACAUGCAUCCCCUGGUUAUACUCUGGUGCUAGACUUAAAUGACUAUUUUUUGAAUGAUGUUAGUAGAAGAAAAACUCAUGAACAAUUGAAAACUGAAAUAAACAAACUUGUCGCAGACAGAAAGGUCCAGACUAUUGCUGUAAGCUCGCAGGAUUACAUAACUGAUGUCAGCUUUAAAGAUGUUCCCAAACAUGGUCCAGCCUAUUGGUUGAAAUCUUCUGAAAUGAUGCCGAAUGUUCUCGCAUUUAAUUUACUCAACAUAUCGUUAGAAACAGAUGUGGCUUUUUCAAUUUCAUUUAGAUGCAACGGCAUUCUCCGUAACUGGUUAAAUCGAAAGCGAACACAAGGGUGGCCAUCAGAAGAACUAAAACGACAAAUAAGCGAAGUGCAAGGUCACGUUGUUCCUGUAGGAAGAAAAGGCAGUCGGUUUGAAGAAUAUGAAUGGCGAAUCUGUUACACACAAGCUGAAAUCAAACUAGUGCAUUCUCUGAAUGAAGUACAAUUGAUAUUGUAUUUCAAACUGAAAGUUUUUUCAAAGGCAGUUUUGAAAGAUGCCUGUUCUGAUAUUACAUCAUACAUUAUCAAAAAUGUCAUAUUUUGGUUAGCAGAAUCGGUUCCAAAUAAAUACUUUCAGUGUAGAUAUUUCAUACCACGUUUUAGAGCUACACUGGUUUGUUUAAGAAAGUGUGUUAGGAAAAGAUAUCUGCCAAACUACAUGAUUCCUAAAAGAAAUCUGUUUGCUGGGAAACUUGAAGGACAAGAACAAGCAGCUCUUCUUGAUGUAUUGUCCAACUGGAUUGAAAAAUGCCCAAUCCUAGAAGAAGAAAAAGACAUCCUUCCACUAUAUAAAGAUGUUGUAUCACGCAAAACAGACAAAUAUAUAGACAAUAAAGUUGCGAUAAUACAGUGUCUCAAGAUUACAGCAUCUUUAUUUUCAAAUAUGUUACACGGACUGCCAGAAAGUGGUAACUCUGAGGCCAUUCAUGCGUAUAUACUGAGAUUAACUAGCUUGACGGACACCGAACUAUGUGAUAUUCAAAACAUUGUUAAAACUAACCCGACUAACCCGACCGUGGGCAUUGAUGCGUGGUACUGUACGAAGUUGUACAGGUUUUUGAUAGCAAUGCAAAAAUUUUUCUGGCAUUAUGCUCCAAGAAAGACCAAAAACCGAUAAAAGAAUCUGAAUUGGACUAACGUGUAACUGUACAUGUAGCUUUUGUAAAAGGCGACAUUAAAUUGACUGUAUAUAACUAGAUUUAAGUAAAAAUGCAUGUGGAUCCUUGACUUUGGUCACACAAGACAUACAGCUUUAGUUACAUCAGUUGAAUUUUAUAUUUGUAGUAUCAUAAGUAUAAAUUCAUGUUCGGUGAUAUCAUAUUUUGAGUGGUAUAUUGAACUACAAAAAACAAUUUCGGUGUUUUAAGUAAAAUUGCUUGCUAAACAAAUUUACAAUUAUGUCUGAAAUUGUUUGUCAUUAUAAACUGAAGUUCACAGAAGAAAUGUGUGAACACAAAUGUACAAAAUGUAAAGUAAAUUCUAUUUAUAUUACUUAUUCAAGAUGAUGAUCAUUUGUGACAUCAUGGAAAUAAAUUGGUUUUUAACAAGUGGUAAGACAUAACAUAUAUCAAUGCAGAAAUAUAUAUAUAAGGCCACACCAAAUUAAUUACUUGGUCAACGAAUUUCCCGGGCCAUUUUUUUCCAGAAUGAAAGAAAAAAUUUUUUUUGAAAAUCAGCUUCCGCUCGCUUCAGUUUUUAUAGACUGGUUUCAAAAUUUCACAGCGGGCCUUUUUCACUGUUUAUGUGCCUUUUUCACAGUUAGGAAACAUGAACUAAAUAAAAUCUAAUACUUUUAAUCGUAAUUGUCCAUUAAAGCACCAUGUGAACAUGUUUCAAGUUCUGUACUGCACUAGUUUGCAAAACUGACAGCAGAAAUGACAGUUAGAUUGUGUAAAUAAAUCUUAGAAAGUUUAUAUUUAAAACAGUGUCACCUAUUAAUCAUUAGUGAUAAGAACAAAAGUUUUGCUGCGAUACUUAAAAGUAUACAGAUGGUUUACUUCAAUUUGGACUACACAUCCAACAUGUUACAUCAUUGUUCAUUCUAAAAUGCCCAUCAAACUUAUGAAGAUUGAAUACUUGAAUACUAGUACUGUUUUUGCCGGUGCUAGGGGCCGUGGGCAUUACUGUUAAUGAACAGACUCAAUCAAACCGAGUCUACAAUUUUCACUGUUUGCCUUGUUGUCUGAACUUCCGAGGGAUCUACUUUCCAGAUUUUAUACAUGUAUUGGUUUCGAGUGAAUUCCAGUUUCGGCAAUUUUAAUACUUUUUGUACACAUGGAAGAAUAAAGAUCUCUUACCCAUAACCAGUCCAUAUAUCCAUGACGUGCAUAUUUUACCUUGAGUCCAAUAAUGGGUAAAAACAUGUGAUAAAGAUUGAACAAGUCUGUUGUGUAGUCCGUUUUUGCAUUCUUAAGACAAAUAUUUAGUAAGGACAAUGGACCCACAUACAUGUGUUUGUGUAACACAGUCCGUAAGCUGUAAAGUUUAUUUAGGGUCCAAGCCUCUGACUUUCGAACAUUCACCUAUUUGAUGUAGAGCAAGACGCAUAAAAUAUUUUUGCUUGUUAUGCUGUUUACCCUUAUAACUUGGAAGAAAUAAUGUAUUAUUGACAUAACUUUGAUGUUAAGGAAUGGUACAUUGCUUCUAUCAGCUAUGUAAAAUGAACACAAUUUUCCGGCAGAGAAUGGUUAGCACAUGGAACUUAAUUAUAACGAAAUACUCCUAAUCUCAAUACGAGAAACACGCAUUAGAGGCUUACUUUUUAUUUUUCAAGUAGAGUCGAAAUACAAGAAUAUUAUGCUACUGUUUAUAGAUCUUUUUUCUGAUUUUUUUAAUGGGUAUAAUCAGAUCUAUUUAUCAAAAAUAAACUGAAGAUGAUAAUGCAUUUAUGUUAAGUCGCAACCUCAAAAGUAU